GCCAAUCGGCCCUGAAACAAUUUUGCACAUUAGCUUGACAGUUGCUCGUUUGUAUUUGGAUGUGCCGUUCCGUGUCCGUGUUCUAGUUCUUGCAUUAAUAUUACGUGUACUUUACUUAAAGAGCGUUGUACUACGCGUGAGAAGUAAUUGUUUGAAGAAAAAGCGUUUGCUUAACUUACAUCCUCCCGGAAAAAAAACUGUACAUUCGAAUUAAAGUUUUGAUGCCGACACCGAACUGAUGACGUCACAGAGCUGUUGAGUUGCGUUUGUUUAGGUUUAGAGCAGAGCAAGCCGGCGGAAUCUAGCGGAACGCAUUCGAUGAGUGAUAAAUAGCUGAUGCAACUGUUCUCCACACCCCGCUUACAAUGUUGCCAGAACAACAACAGAACAAAGAACCGAUGGAGGAUUUCGCACCCCGGAACUAUCAGGUGCAGAUGAAGGAGAUAUGUCUGGCCAAAAACACGAUCAUCUUCCUCCCGACCGGCUCCGGCAAAACGUACAUCGCGCUGAUGGUGAUGAAGGAGAUCAGCCACCAGCUGCGGAACACGGUCCACGAGGGGGGCAAGCGCACCUUCUUUCUCGCCAACACGGUGGCGCUGGCGAAGCAGCAGGCCCAGUUCUUCGCCAGACACAUGCCCUUCAACGUGCGGCUGUACACGAGCGAGGUGAACGUGGACGCGUGGAAGAGCGACCGCUGGCAUGAGGAGUUUAGCGAAGGCCAGGUAAUUAUCUGCACGGCCCAAAUCUUGCUGGACGUGCUGCGCCACGGCUACAUGUCGCCGGCCAACAUCAAUCUGAUCGUGUUCGACGAAUGUCACCGGGCGGUCGGGCAGCAUCCGAUGCACGCGAUCAUGAAGGAAAUAGUGGCGGCGCCGGCCAGCGAGCGGCCGCGCGUGCUGGGCCUGUCCGGCACGCUGCUGUUCAAGGAGCUGAAGAUGGCCUCCCAGGUGCCGGAUGAGCUGGAACGGUUGGAAAACACGUUCAGCUCUACCAUUGCCACGGUGGCCAACUACGACGAUUACGCAACGGUGGCCAGCUUUUCCACCAACCCGAACGAGGUGCUCGUUACGUACAGCAAGCCGGCGGUCCAUCUGCUGCCGCUGGUUAAGGAAAUGUGGCCGCGGAUCGACGCGUUCGUCGAAUGGCUGCUGCAGGUGUAUCUGCCCGAGUACUCGACACAGUCGGCCCGGACGCUGCAGAAGUCGUUUUGCAAGCCGCUGAAGGAGGUGAAGCGGGCGCUGACCGAGUUUAAGCACCAGCUCGAGGAGCACGGCAUGUACGCGGGUUCGCUCGCCAUACUGGCGGUGAUUGUGCAGCUGGAAGUGAGCAAGCGGCAGUCGCCCUGCGACAAGGCGCGCCAGGUGUACCGUUCAGCCAUUUCCUUCUGCGAAUCGAUCCGGCACGAGCUGGUCGAGGCCAUGAGCGGUCUGCGAGGGACGCACCAGAUACUGAGCUUCUCGUCGGACCAAGCCCGCAAGCUGCUGAAAUACCUGGAAGAUUCCUAUCGCACCGCGGAGGACCAGAACAAACAGGCGCUGGUGUUUGUGAAGCGACGCUUCACCGCCAAGGUGCUCUAUCAUCUGAUCCGCAUCUACUUCCACUGUCUAUCGAAACGGGACAACGAAGACGAGCUGGUCGAACCCAUCGUAAAGCCGGACUUUAUUGUCGGCGCGAACGCAGCGCUGGAGGAGUCGAUCGAUGCCAUACUCGUAGUCAAGGAGGACCGUCGGGUCAUCGAGAACUUCCGCAAGCGCAAGAUCAACGUGCUGUGCGCGACGAACGUGCUGGAGGAGGGCAUCGAUCUGCAGAUGUGCAACAUGGUCAUCAUGUACGACGCACCGUUAUCGUACGCCUCGUUCAUGCAGUCGAAGGGUCGGGCGCGGAUGAAAACCAGCACCUAUCUGAUGAUGGCACCGGCCGCCGAUUUGCAGCAGUUUGCAAAGCGCAUGAAGCUGUACCGCGACAUCGAAAACCGGUUAAAGGAGGAGCUGGUCGGCAAGACAAUCAACCGGCCCGAGCCGCUGGAGAAUGAUGUGCGGAAGGAGCUGCUGGACGAUCUGAUACCUCCGUUCUACACACCUUUCAAGGCGAAGCUGGACGCACUGUCAGCGAUCCAGCUGCUGAACCGGUACUGCAUGAGCAUGCCGCGCGAUCUGUUCACCGGCAGCAACGUCACCUGGGAGCGCAUUGACCGCUCACCGACGGAGAUCAUCGUGACGGUGAAGCUGCCGCUGCAGUCGACGGUCCGCGAAGUGAUCCACGGGCAGACGAUGAAGAACCUGAAGCUGGCCAAGCAGUCGGCCGCGUUCAACGCCUGCAAGCGGCUGUUUGAGAUGGGCGAGCUGAACAUGUAUCUGUUGCCGAUCGCGACCAAGGAUAAGGUGGAAGAGUUGAGCGAACAGUACUUCAAGCAUUGGCGCAAGAUGUCGGAUGAACCGAAUCCCAAACAGGCAGGAACGAUGAAGUACGUGCGCGGGCACAAGAUCGUCUAUCCGGAGGAAACGGUCGGCUGCACCCCGCAAGCGGACGGCGAGCAGUGCUACGUGUACAUCGUUCGCAUGCGCGCCCACUUCGACGCCAACACGCAUCUGGAAAACGUGCGCAUCUUUCAGGAGCUGUACAGCAGCGCGAACAAUUUCGGCAUCCUGACGCGCAAACGGCUCCCGCGGCUGGCGCGUAUGAAGCUGUUCGUGACGCUCGGUGCGAUCGGGGUCGAGAUCGUGCCGGAACCGGUGUGCAUUACGCUGGCGCCCGACUCGGGCGAGCUGCAGCGGCUGAAGCGCUUCCAUCUGCUGCUGUUCCGUGAUCUGCUCAAGGUGUGGAAACCGUUCACCGUGCUGGACGCGCUGCCGGAGGAGAACGGCUUUCUGAUCGUGCCGAUGCUGCGCUCGCAGUCGAUCGACUGGGAGCUGGUGGGCAAGUUCCCGUACCUGCGGCCGGCGGCGGAAACGAGCACCCGCGCCCGGCAGCACCUGCGGUUCGAGGCGGAGCAGUAUCUGCUGCGCGUCGUCCACCCGUGGUACAAGAACGAUCCGGACCAGAACUACGUGGUGGUGCGCGUGCGGGACGAUCUGCGCCCGACCAGCCCCUUCCCGAACGCCAAGUACGGCUCGUACGAGCAGUACUUUACGCAGGAACACCACCAGGUGGUGGUGCGGCACGAGGACCAGUUCUUGAUCGAGGUGAAGGGCAUUACGACCAGCCUGAACCGGCUGCACCCGGGCGCCGAAGCGGACGGCGGGGCAUCGACCCGCUCGCGCUACUGGGAGUUCCAGGAGAUACUGAUACCGGAGCUGGUGCACAACUUCGAGUUUCCGGCCGACUACUGGCUGAAGGCGACGCUGCUGCCGAGCGCGCUGCACCGCGUGCACUAUCUGCUGCUGGCGGAGGGCAUACGGGUGGAUUUGGCCCGGAACGCGCAGGUAGGCAGCGAGCAUUGCGAGCGGGUCGAGGACGUUAUCAUCGACCGGGUGCUCUCGAUCGAGCAUCAAAAGUCGACUGCACUGUACGGCGGGGAAGACGACGACGACGAGGAGGAUGAGGAUGAGGAUGAGGAGGAAAAGGAUAGCGAUGAGGAGGGCGCACGCUCUACGCAGGUGGCAUGCCGUCCGGCGGUGGAUGCGAAGCAGCCCAGCGGAAAGCAGCUGCUGCAGGUGCUGAACCAAAUCCACAGCGACUCGAUCUCGCUGGCCGAUCGGGUCCAGUACCCGUGGGAGGAAAACGAGCAGCCGAAGGAUUUGGAGCGCAACUGGGACACGGUGAGCAAGAUCGACAUCGACUACUACGCGAGUUUCGUGAAGAAGUACGAGCAGCAGGCGGUAACGAUCGUGACCGACGUGAACCGGUCGGUGACGGAGACCAACAUCGACCGUAUGCUGGCGAAGAUGAACAUGAAUAAGGACGAGGCGCAGGCAUCGCCCGUGAAAGCUUUGCCCGCGCUCGAGGACGGGCACGGGCCGGUCGCGCAGAUUGCGAUGCUCCGGCUGACGAUGGACAACACGGCGAACGUGGCACUGCAGCAGUCGGACCUGCUGCAAGCGCUCACCACCAAAUCGUCCGCCGACGUGUUCAAUCUCGAGCGGUUCGAGGUGCUCGGCGACGCGUUCCUCAAGUUUGCCGUCUCGGUGUACAUCCUGUUCCGCCAUACCAGCUGGCACGAGGGCUACCUGACCACGUGCAAGGGCCGGAUGGUGAGCAACCGCAACCUGCUGUACUGUGCGAUGGGGUACGGGCUGCCGGGCAAGAUUAAGGCGCAUCCGUUCGAUCCGAAGAACGACUGGGUGCCACCGCUGUCCACCGUACCGGGCGCCGUCCGGCGGGCGAUGGUCGACGCGAACGAGUCGCCCGCGCUGCUCUACAACCUGAAGCUCACCGAGGAGGAGAUACAGUCGGGCGUGGUAGCGCAGGCAACGGUGGACAAGUUCCUGCCGCUGAUCGAGCAGGCGCCCGCACCGUCCCAGUCGACCCUGCACACCGUGCUGCAGCAGGUGCAGAUCCGGGACAAGGUGGUGGCGGACGUGACCGAAGCCCUGCUCGGCGUGUGCGUCAAGACGGUCGGGUACGAGCGGUCGUUCCGCUUCCUCUCCCACCUGGGCAUCAUCCCGAAGGGUGCGGACGUGCCGAUGCUGCUGCGCACGACCACCUUCCCGAUCGGCGACUACUUCCCGGUGCGGCACAAGGUCGACCAGCUGCUGUGCAAUCCGGAGCGGAUCGAGGCGACGCUCGGGUACCGGUUCCGCAACCGCACCUACCUGCUGCAAGCGUUCACGCACACGUCGUACAUGUCCAACAGCCUGACCGGCUCCUACCAGCAGCUCGAGUUUCUCGGCGACGCCGUGCUGGACUUUCUCGUGUCGAUGUACAUCUACGAGCGCAACCCGUCGAUGUCGCCCGGCCAGCUGACCGAUCUGCGCUCGGCGCUGGUGAACAACGUCAAUCUGGCGAGCGUGCUCGUGCGCAACGAGCUGCACCGCCACAUCCUCUCCCAGUCGCCCAUGCUGACGGAUGCGAUCGGGAAGUUUGUGGCGGUGCACCGGUGCCACCGGAACCAGGGCAGCAACUGGGUGCGCCUGCUGACCGAGGAGUCCGACACACCGAUGGCGGAGUACGUGGACGUGCCGAAGGUGCUGGGCGACGUGCUCGAGGCGCUGAUCGGGGCGAUCUAUCUGGACAGUGGGAACGAUCUGGCCGCCACCUGGGAGGUGUGCUUCCGGCUGUUGCGCGACGAGAUUGCGGACUUUACGCGCAAAACACCGAUCCAGGUGGUGCGCCAGCUGUACGAGCAUCCGGAGGCGAGCCCCCACUUUAGUGCCCCGUUCGUGGAGGAGGAGGUGGUGUAUGUGAAGCUGUCGUACACGCACCGCUCCCAGCGCCAGACGGUGUACGGUUUCGGCAAAAACAAGGACGACGCUAAGCGUGCCGCCGCCAAGAUUGCUCUCAGCAAGAUUAUGUAAUAGGGCGGGGGGGGGGGGGGGGGGUAGAG